AUGCUCACCCCUGCAGUCCGCUUCAUUGCGGCAAAAGGAUCGAAGGCGCAAGGUGGCUCCAUUCAGCUCCUUUGCCACGUCAAGCCAGGUGUCAGCGCGAACAGAGAAGGGAUUGCGACAGUGACGACUGAAAGGAUUGAAGUGUGUGUGGCAGCACAAGCAAGAGAGGGGGGAGCGAACAAGGCUGUCAGAGAGGUCAUUGCCAAGGUCUUCAAAGUUCCUAAGUCGGAUGUAGAAAUAGUGAAGGGGAUGAAGAGUAGAGAGAAGACAGUGGUGAUAAACAACUUUGCAAGCAAAAAUAAGACACCAGAAGAAGAUGUGGAAAUCAUUAAGAUUAUAUUGCAAGAGAGUGCGGACAGCUAA